AUGAACUCGAACGAACAGAGAAAACGACCUCUCGACGAUGAGGACCCCUCUACUGAGAAGCAGCCCUCGCCGAUAGUUAGCACCGCGGAACUCGCAGAGAGCCAGCCGGCACCAGACCACAAUAUGGAUGGAGAAACCGAGGACAAAAACGAAAAGUGGCCUGGAAAUGACGAUUCCGUGAAAGUCGAGGAAAACGAUACAAAAGUCAAGGAAGAGUUUGCUGCUACUACUGCUCCUACUACCAAUGUUACUGCACCUACCACACUGAGUGUAGCUGACAGUAACGGUGGAGAGGCAGAUGGAGGCACCACAACAGCAGCAGUGAAUGGUUCCAAGCGGUUCAAGUCAGAUACACUCGUGGUGGUUCCCCAUAAGACGCCGCAGCUUUUCUACUCGUUACUUAAAACAGGGCUCGUGUAUGAUGUGCGUAUGAGGUACCAUGCCAAAAUUUUUACUUCCUACUUUGAGUACAUCGACCCCCAUCCCGAGGAUCCUCGUCGUAUCUACCGUAUUUACAAGAGGCUCGCCGAGGCAGGCCUUGUUCAGGACACCUCUCUUUCAGGAACAGAGGAUAUUGGGCCCUUGAUGGUGAAGAUCCCGAUCCGUGAGGCGAAAGCGGAAGAGAUCUUGGAGGUCCACUCGGCAGAGCAUCUCAAGUACAUCUCGCUGACGGAACAAAUGACGCGAGACCAGCUUCUUGAGGAAACAGAAAAGGGUGACUCCAUCUACGUCAAUAACGACUCGUACCUCUCGGCGAAGCUCUCGUGUGGAGGCUCCAUCGAGGCAUGUAAGGCAGUUGUCGAGGGAAAAGUGAAAAAUUCCAUGGCCAUUGUACGUCCUCCGGGCCAUCAUGCUGAGCCAGAUACUCCGGGUGGUUUCUGUCUCUUCAGUAACGUUGCUGUGGCUGCAAAAAACAUCCUCAAAUCCUAUCCGGAGUCCGUCCGCCGUAUCGUUAUUCUUGAUUGGGACAUUCACCACGGGAACGGCACCCAGCGUGCCUUCUACAAUGACCCUCGCGUUCUUUACAUCUCGCUCCAUCGAUAUGAAAAUGGUAAAUUCUACCCUGGCACUAAAUACGGUGGACUCGAUAAAGUAGGCGAGGGUGAGGGUGAGGGCUAUUCUGUGAACAUUCCCUGGAGAGGGCCAGGAGUUGGAGAUGGAGACUACGUGUACGCAUUUAGGAGAGUGGUGAUGCCCAUAAUAAGUGAGUUUGAUCCGGACUUUGUCAUUGUGAGUGCUGGUUUCGAUGCUGCAGAUGGUGAUUUGAUUGGUCAGUGUCACGUCAGUCCAGCCGGUUACGGCCAAAUGACACACAUGUUGAAGGCGAUUGCCAGAGGGAAGCUUGCUGUGAUCCUUGAAGGUGGCUACAGUUUGGACUCUAUAAGUGAAAGUGCCUUGGGAGUGGCCAAGGUUCUCAUAGGCGAGCCUCCCGAGGCAACUAUCAGCGCCCAGCCCAAGCUGGAUACGAUCGAGACUAUAAGUGAAGUCAUCAAAACGCAAAGCAAGUACUGGAAAUGUAUGAAGCCGGGCAACUCAGCCCAUGUUUUUGAAGACGUUUACGACUUGAACACCAACAACCUUCUUUCAUUCGCCGAACCCAUCAGAUCCUACCAAGCACAGCAACUCUUUUCGAAUUACUCCUUCAUCAGCCUCCCGGUCAUUGAUCACCCUGAGUACAAACUUUCGACGUUUAGUUUUGACCUUCCUGCUCAUGUCGAAGAUCUCGUCUUGGCAAGCCCUGAGAUACACAAACGCUCCACGAUUGUAAUAUCCAUCCACGACCCUCCAGAAGUGUGGGCAAAUGUUAACCCGGUCAAUGGUAAUAUUGAAAGUAGCACUUCUGUUGUGCUAGAACACCCAUUAACCCGUGUUAUGAAAAAAGUCGAGACUGAGCUUUCGAAUGACGGCGGCUCUCCCAACGACGUUGGGUAUAUCGAUAUCAACAUCCCAUCUUACACAGAGGCCGUCGCAUCUUCCCUAGCACAGCGCUCGAAAGAAGGUUCAGAUGCAAAGAGCAGUUCGCCUGUUAAUCCCUCAAACUAUAAUCCAACUAUUUUUGCUCAGGAACUUCUACUUUGGGUCUGGGAUAACUACUUGACUUACUUCCCAGACCUCAAGAAAGUGGUUUUUGUUGGCUUUGGUGACUCUUACCAGUCCAUCGUUCAUCUUUAUGCCAAACGACCUUCGCAAGAAAUCAAAGACGUCGUGAAAGGCACAGUUGUAUUUGUAAGCCGAUCCAACCUCAAAGCUUUGGUACCAGUGAUGGAUGAGUCAAUGGUAGACUGGUACUACCAGAGCUCUGUCAUAUUUGCAAGUAGCAAAAACUCAUGUUGGGUCAGUGCUUCAAGCGCUUUGAAAAAUGGAGAAGCUGAAGAAGUUGCAAAGAGACCAAGGAAAAAAUAUGGCAGAGUAUUGAAGGCGUCGUCCGAUUGCUUAUGGGAUGUUAUUCACGAAAGAUUUGAUGAAGGUGUUGAUUUUAUUCUUGAUUCGAUCGAGGAUUUUUCAGAAUCUGAAUCUGGUUAG